AUGCGCUGUGAAGUUAGAAGUGGUGACUCGACUUUCUUCUGGUUUGACAACUGGUUAGGCACUAGAAGUAUUAUUGACACAACAGGAGAUCUGGGACUGCGGUACUUGUGUAUUCCUCGACAAGCUCGUGUAGCUGAAGCGUGUCCAAAUGAGGCUUGGGGUAUGCGUGGGCGAGGGAGGAGAGUGUUUGGUGAUGUGUAUACUGCCAUUGAAAAUGCUCAGAAACCAGACGCUAGGAGGGGAAGUGAUGUUAUUUUAUGGAGGCACAAUGAGGAGGAUUUUAAGGACCAUUUCUCAGCGGCUAGAACAUGGGAUCAGAUUAGAGUUCGGGGGCCAGAAGUACCUUGGCAUCAUCUAGUGUGGUUUACCCAAGGAGUACCACGCCACGCUUUCAUUGUUUGGCUGACGUUUAAAGAUAGACUCUCUACAGGAGUCCGUAUGCGACAGUGGGGGAUCGCACAGGGUUGUAUGUUAUGUGGAGAGCCUGACGAGAGCAGGGACCACCUGUUUUUUGCUUGCCCUUACACGUUUACGGUCUGGUCUAAUCUAACUGCUACUCUGCUAGGCACCGUUGCUUCUCCGGAUUGGACGACGAUGGUGACUUCUCUGCUACGACGCAAUAGAAACAAGAUGGAUGCUAUCCUUUUGCGAAUGAUCUUCCAUACAACCAUUUAUUUGGUUUGGAAGGAGCGCAACUCUCGUAGACACUUGGGGCCUUGGGUAACUACAGAAGCGAUUACCAGGCAGAUUGAUAAAGCAAUCCGAAACAGGAUCUCUUCGUUGAAGUACACUGGGCAACAUAAGUUGGAAAGUCUGUUCCGUCGAUGGGUGGAAGUAUAUAUUCGACAAUAG